AUGGCCCCGGUGUCCAUCAAACGGAUUUUAAUCAGUGAAAGUGUCGAUCCUUGCUGUAAGAAGAUUCUGCAAGAGAAUGGCAUCCAGGUCACGGACAGACAGAACAUGACCAAGGAUGAGCUGAUGGCUGAAAUUAAGGAUUAUGAAGGUCUAGUGGUGCGAUCUGCCACGAAAGUGACCGCUGACGUCAUCAACGCGGCUGGUAACCUCAAGAUCAUCGGCCGAGCCGGGACCGGCGUUGACAACGUGGACGUGGAUGCAGCCACUAAAAAGGGCAUUAUUGUCAUGAACACCCCUAGUGGCAACACUAUCAGUGCUGCUGAGCUGACAUGUGCACUGUUGGUGAGUCUCUCCAGACACCUGCCUCAAGCUGUGAUGUCCAUGAAAGCGGGAAAUUGGGACCGUAAGAAGUUCAUGGGUGCAGAGCUGCAUGGUAAAGUUCUUGGAAUAAUUGGACUUGGGCGAAUCGGAAAGGAGGUCGCUACCAGAAUGCAGUCCUUUGGAAUGAAGACGAUUGGCUACGACCCCAUCACCCCUCCUGAAGUCUCUGCCUCCUGGGGGGUGGACCAGAUGUCUCUGGAGCAGCUGUGGCCUCAGUGUGAUUACAUCACUGUACACACCCCUCUCAUGCCCUCAACUACAGGGUUAUUGAACGACAGCACCUUUGCGCAGUGUAAGAGGGGGGUGAAGGUGGUGAACUGUGCGCGUGGGGGCAUUAUUGAUGAAGCCGCCCUGUUCAGAGCACUGGAGUCUGGGCAGUGUGGAGGGGCGGGGCUUGAUGUGUUUGUGGAGGAGCCGCCCACGGACCGCGCCCUGGUGAACCACCCCGGCGUGAUCAGCUGCCCCCACCUGGGCGCCAGCACCCGGGAGGCACAGUCACGCUGCGGGCGGGACAUCGCCCUGCAGAUCGUCGACAUGCUGAAGGGCAAGGCCCUGGUGGGCGCGGUGAAUGCCCAGGUGCUGGCCAGCACGUUCUCCCCAGAGUCUCAGCAGUGGAUCAGACUGGCAGAGAUGCUGGGCACAGUACUGAAAUCAUUCACCACUUCUAAACAACCGAACAGCCAAGUGCAGAUAACAACCCAAGGAGAAUCUCUGAAAAGCUCUGCGGACCUCCUGGGCUCUGCAGUAGCAGUGGGAUUGCUGAAGGAUGGUGCCAAGAACGGACCCAACCUGAUCAAUGCACUAACCCUGGCCAAGGAGGCUGGCAUCAUGGUUGUUGGAAACCACGGCGAUGCGGGCCAGGGAUUGUCUGAGAGAGCCUGUGUGGUGGAGAUGUCUGUGAAUGGCUCCUGCUACCGGGCCACUGGCACGGUCCAGGGGGAGGUUCCUGUCCUGCUGGAGCUGAAUGGCCGUGUUUUCCGGCAGCCUGUCUCCCUGUCCGGGAACCUGCUGCUCUUCAGGGCCAGUGCCACGCCUCAGCUUCUGCCUGAUGUCACUGGGGCGCUGGCAGCCGCAGGUGUGGGGAUGGAGUCCUUCAGCAGCUCCGCGGCUCAAAGCAGGGAGCAAUGGUGCUGCGUGGGUCUCUCCGCUCCCCUGGGGGACCUCAGUGCUCUCAUGCCUCUGGUGAAAGAAGUCGUGCAGCUCUCUGUGUAAAACGCUUUACAGAGCGUUUGGCACCAGCCCCAAUGAACUGACUCCAGCAUUCCACAGUCUAGAAGUCUUGCAUUUAAAGCUUGGCACUUGUCUUUAGCAUUGUUUGAAACGUAAUGUAGUUUUU